AUGGCCUCCGCCGCCGGUUGCAUCUUCUGCCGCAUCAUCAAGGGUGAAAUCCCUUGCUUCAAGCUGUUUGAAAGCGACAAGACCCUCGCUUUCCUCGACAUUGGCCCCCUCAGCAAGGGUCAUGCUCUCGUCAUCCCCAAGUACCACGGCGAGAAGCUGGCCGACAUUCCCGAUGAUCAUCUCUCUGAGGUCCUGCCCACCCUCAAGAAGAUUGUCAACGCAACCGGUGCCACCGACUACAACAUCCUUCAGAACAACGGCGCGAUCGCCCACCAGGAGGUCAAGCACGUUCACUUCCACAUGAUCCCCAAGCCCAACGAGAAGGAGGGUCUCGGCAUCGGAUGGCCUACCCAGUCACCCGACAUGGAUGCGCUCAAGGCGUACUACGAGGAUGUCAAGUCCAGGAUUUGA